UCACAAAACUGGUCAAGGAUGAUUAAAUUCAAUAUGUUUUUCUUCAAAUGAAAAUUCAUACGUGAUGCGGUGGUACUAAGCGAAAAACCGCAGCUCCUCAAAAUUUUCUGCAACCGCAAUUCAUUCAAGCUUCAACUCAAUCCAAUCUAGGGUUCUUCUGCUUAACAGGGUUUGAAUAAGUUACAAACAAUGAGUGGUGCUCCAAAGAGAGGGGCGCAUGAGGAAGGUGUUCAUUCGUCGUCUUCCUCGAUGCGCCCUGGUUUUGAAGGUUGGGAGGAGGAGAAUCCGGGUUUUUCAAGGAUUAAUUAUGGGGGUGCUCAAGACUUGAGGCCCGGAUUGAUGCCCCGUCCUGAAUCCCGAGAUGGGGAAAGAAGAUCCCCAUUGCAUUCCAUGUAUAAAUUUCCGUCUGUAAUGAGUGAUGCUCCACAUUCUAGUCAUCAAAUUACGGGUCCUGAGAUUAGGGCGGAACUGAGGGAUCCUAAGGAAGUUAGAGAAAAUAAGGUUGUGGAGAGUAAUAGAGAUGUAAAAGUUGAUCCUAGAGAGGUGCAUCAUCAGAUUUCAAAGGGUGAGAAGGAGAGUAGGGCGGAGGAGGGUAAAGAAGUGAAGUAUGAGAGAGAGGGUCGUAAUGAUUCGAAGAAUGAAGUGAAAUCAGAAAAGGAUGUCUAUGGAGUUGUGGGGAGUCAUUCUAAUUGGAAAGAGCAACAUAGAGGUAAAAAACACUUGGAUGCUCCAGUUAGUGGUGCAAUGCCGAGUUUUUGGAUGAGUACUUCUCAUAUGCGUCCCAAAUAUGACACUGCCAGGGAUGCUUCUAUGUCUUUUCGUACGGAGCCAAAUGAAGCAGUUGGAGAGAAUAGAGUUGAUAUUAAAUGCGACGAGAAAUACAAGGACAAGGAGAGGAAGCGUAAAGAUGGAAAGCACUAUGAUUGGCCGGAAAGCGAAAAAGAUAAGAGUGAUUACAAGAGUAAUGUGCAAGUCGUUAGUAGCAAUAAUGAUAUCAAGGAAGUAUUGAGAGAAGAGAGGGAAACUGAGCAGUGGGGGAGGGAGAAAAAAGAUUUCCCAAAGGAGAAGGAAAGACCCAAAGAAAGAGAAAAGGAUCACGUUGACAGAGAAGGUCGAAAUGUUGGGGAGAAAGAGGGUUACAAUAAUGAGAAAGAGAUGAUCGAGAAAACAUCUGUGCCGGAAAAUCUUUCUUUGGAACAGAAGAAACCAAGUGAUUCUUGGAGAAACAUGGAACGAGAAGCUAAAGAGAGGAGAAAAGAGAGAGAUGCUGAUAUAGAAGGAGAAAGACCCGAAAAGAAAAGUAGGGUCUAUGAUAAAGAGUCCGAGGAAGGUGGUACUGAUGUUGAUGGGGUAACUGACAGAGACAAAGAUGCUUUUAGUUAUGGUAUGCAGCAGCGAAAGAGGAUGCUUCGGCCCAGAGGCUCUUGUCAGGUUGUGAAUCGUGAUGGACGCUUUAAGUCUCGUGGUCAUGAUGGAGAGGGGUCUCAAGGUAAACCUGAGGUUUCUACUGUUUACAAAGUUGGUGAAUGCAUGCAAGAGUUGACAAAAUUGUGGAAGGAAUUUGAAUUAUCUCAGAAAGAUAAAAGUAGUGAUGAUCUAUCUAAUGGCCCUACUCUGGAAAUCAGGAUUCCUGCUGAGCAUGUAACUGCUACAAACCGUCAAGUUAGGGGUGGUCAACUCUGGGGAACAGAUAUAUAUACUGAUGACUCAGAUCUUGUCGCUGUUCUCAUGCAUACGGGUUAUUGUAAGCCAACUCCAUCUCCACCUCCAGCAGCUAUUCAAGAGUUACGUGUAACAAUACGAAUUCUACCUUCACAGGAAAGUUACAUAUCUACUCUGAGAAAUAACGUUCGAUCCCGUGCGUGGGGAGCUGCUAUUGGCUGUAGUUAUCGUGUUGAACGUUGCUGCAUUAUGAAGAAAGGUGGUGGAACAAUUGAUCUUGAACCGUGCCUCACGUAUACAUCUGCAAUUGAGCCUACUUUGGCUCCUGUAGCUGUGGAGCGCUCAAUGACCACCAGAGCUGCAGCCUCGAAUGCAUUGCGGCAGCAAAGAUAUGUAAGAGAAGUCACAAUACAAUAUAACCUCUGCAAUGAACCCUGGAUCAAAUAUAGCAUUAGUGUUGUAGCUGACAAAGGCUUAAAAAAGCCUUUGUACACAUCAGCACGCUUGAAAAAGGGAGAAGUCCUCUAUUUAGAAACUCAUACACGCAGGUAUGAGCUCUGCUUUACCGGUGAGAAGAUUGUUAAAUCUGUGUCUGUCUCACAAACACAUGAAGCAGAGUCAGAUAAGUCCCAGAACCAUGUUCAUUCUUCAAAUGGUGAAAGAAGUGCUGCAGAAGGUGAUAACAUGGUUGUUGACAUGUUCCGGUGGUCAAGAUGUAAGAAGCCUCUUCCGCAAAAAGUAAUGCGAACAAUUGGAAUUCCUCUGCCUGCGGAACACGUGGAGGUAUUGGAAGAAAAUCUUGAUUGGGAGGAUGUGCAGUGGUCACAGACUGGUGUUUGGGUUGCCGGAAAAGAGUACCCGCUUGCAAGGGUGCAUUUUCUAUCUCUAAAUUAGCCUUUUCCCUUUGUUGUUCCUGUCGUUCGUAAUCUUUGUGGGAUUGUAGACCAACAUAAUAUGGAUAGAGAUGAGGAUGUACUCCUCUAUUUUUAAUGUGAAAUCUUUAUAGAUACAAUGUAGCAAAUUGAUAAACAUACAAGAGUAAGUCUUAAUAUCUCAAGUUUAUGCAAACUAUAUUCGUACUUCAUGUUCA